CGCAUUGGUUCGAGCCAUGACUUUAGAGUCAAGUGAUCGGGAUUCCACAAGUUGUUCGGAAUAUCAUCGUACUGCCAGGCCUUGCUUGACAAGGGAUCGAAAGAAUUCAAGCUAUGCACCAUACUACUGUCCAUCGAAAGAAUUGGUUUCCCUGUGCAAGAUUCACUACCUGGUACAAAAUCUGAGACUGGAUGAAAGUAGCUAGACCAUAUACCAUUGCCUUGCAGUCUAAGCCUCUUCGUUUGAUUAUUGCUUUGUUCACUACCCAUUGGAGGACCAGGGUAAACCAAAGACGCGUUUUGGUCAUUUCUAGUGAGCGGAAUCAUCAAUUCGUUUUCAACAUUCUCAAUAAUCGAUACGUCUGUACCAUGUAUUUCAUCAUCGUAAAGAAGGUUUGAGGAAUCACUCAAAUGAACCCAUGGUUUGAGAUUAUUUCGCUCUGCAUAAAUCAGCUGGUUUAAAACCGAUGUGAAGAAAGCCGCGCCACUACCAUCAUGUGGAUCGAUAUGCGAUAUAUGAAGAAUGCCAUUGACAGAAUCACAUGAUUGAUCCUUCGUUGGUAACUGCUGUAGAUAGUUCGAAUGAGGCAUCCACCAAUCCGGGAUCUUUUUUUCCUUCGCGAUCUGACUCGCGUUUUCACCAUUUAGUACGUUUCUCACCAGGUCUUCAAAUUCGUGUGCCCUAGAAUGUUCCGAAUCUUCGAGAUUGAUCGAUGUGUAAUGCAAAUCUAUGUUGAUCCAUAUGCUGGAUUCUGUCACUGCACUGAGUCCGUGGAUCAUAAACUGACAUUUUGACAGGGCUAGAAUUUCGACAAGAAUUUCUGUGUUUGUACGAUGAUGGGAGCCAAUAUCAAAGACAGCCUGCAGGUCAUUGGAACGGACGACGUUGUCCCCCAAUGACCGUAUGACUUUCAGAACAUUUCGAGGCCAUCUAUUCUUAAUGUGGUCUACGACAUUCUCCGAGUCUGUUGCGAGGUAUACCCAUUUCCCACCAGCAGCCAAGAAAGAUUGCACGUAAGGUAAGAACUCAUCUGUUUCAAGUACUCGUCGACCUGCAGCCUUAUCAGAAUGCCGAAUAUGGAGUCCGAGACACGAAUUGUGGAGAGAGCAGUAGGGAUUUGCAUCUUCUGCCAGUUCCUCGAUAUGAGGCAGAAAUCGUAUGUAUCGAUUGAAGACGUCGUGCGCAGAUUGACGUUGAGGGGCCAGCCAAUCAUUAAGAGGUAUGUGUGGCUUUGUGAUGUAAUCCGGUAGAUAUUCAUACCUCCAGCAUCUGGGAGCACCAGAAAAACCAUGCACUCCUGGAGUGACAAGAUAAAGAUCCAUCGUGACGAGAGGUUUGCUUUCGCAUGAUUUAUCUCCAGGAGCGAAAUCGGAGAUUGGUUCAAAGUAAUUAUUCCACACUCCAUCCCCAUCAAAAUGAAAAUGAAACGGUGUCAAGUUUUUCGGAUCACCAACGGGCGCUCCCGGGACUGCAUCUCUUCGAUGUCCCAUAGGCCUAGAGACAUAGGAAAUUUUCAUCCCCUUUUGCAUCGUAACGUCGACACCGCUACUAUUUCCGUGAACAACAGGGUCGAAAACAAUAUAACUAACAUUGUUGAAAUGCACCCAAGGUUUGAAUUUGUAUUUCUCCGCCCACAAGAUUUGACCAAUUACAAACUGAAAGAAAACAGUUCCAGCUGCCCCCCCAAUAUCGCCUUUUUCAAUGUGGUAUAUUCCUUCAUAUCCGUCGCAAGCGUGAUCAGUAGGACUACGGCGAUGUGUACCUUGACGUUGACGCUGAUAUCGCUGGGGCUGGAGGAAAGUAUCGUGUUUAUCCAAAUUAUCACUUGAUGCCGUUGACAUCGACGACAAUGAAUGAUACAGUGCAUUCCGUGCCGCGAAGAUAAAGGAUAGAAGAAGAAAUGAUCUCACUAGUUUUCUUCGUCGACACAAUACUGAAUUUGUUCGGAUACAUUUUUUCUCUCUCUUUUCUAGAUCAUCAUCGUCUUCGAAGGCGGGAUUCAAUGGAUGUGUUUGAUUACGGAUUUGAUUAUUCUUUUUGGAAUGCGUAUUUCUGUGGAACAACAUGCUAACAGUGUCCCUGAGAGCAUCGAAGCGAGAGCAGAAGUCUUUUGAAAGUUUUGUCGGUUUUUAAUCAUGAUGUCCACCUUAGCGAUUGUCUCGUCUCUGACUGAAGCUGUCUACUCAAACUUCUUCGUCAAUCGUACGGUACGUUUGGUAAUACUCGUACGUACGAACCAGUACUAGUAAGCGAACUACUACCGUACCUGUCAUGUCGCGAAUCGUAUCGUGGAGUCCCGUAUGCGUAAGUACGGUACACUUUGCGUUCCGCAAAAACCGAAAAACUAAUAUCCAUGACUAGAAUUCCGGAAUCUUUCAUUUCACCGCAGUCAAUCGUUCUACAGGUACUGGUACGUAGGAUUUAAUAAUAGUCAUACGUUACCCUGUACGUACUUCCAUCGAACGGUAACUCAACUGCUCUUUCCAAACUUUGUGUCUCGAUACCGGUACGAGUGACAUAGACGAUGGAAACUAACGGAGAUGCUUUAUUGCCGUCGAUACUGCAUGCGAGAUACAACAAUCGUUCGGGAAAUGAUGCAGUCGACCACGAAAGCCUAUUGACCAAUUUAUUUUCACUUCUGUCUACGCUGGGAGACAUUGCCUCAUGCUUCGACCCAAGAUCUUUUGAUAAGGAACAUCACAGCAAUAUUGUUCAGAAUUAUGGUAUCGUAGCAUGGAUUUACGAAGGCAUUAGGAACAAUACUCCAUCAUCAUUUAACAGCAAGAAUCAUGAUGGAAGCGCAUUUUAUGGCGAAGGUUCUUUACUCUACGAAUGGUCCACAGCUUUACAAUACAUCCACGAUUUGACACGACACAUAGCUCCAUUUGAACUUCACAUUCUAGCUAGCCAAUCCAUCUUGUUUUCCGAAGCACCAACAACGUCGUAUCGGAUUCUCUGCUUGCUUCUGUGUACACAUUCGUUACAGCAAUGCCCUUUCACACCACAAAAACGAUGGAAACGAUGGCAAAGCCUUGUCUGCGAAACGCUUCGAAUAUUUCAAGACUCUCUUCCUGUGUUGGAUGACAACAAUUUGGACGUCGAUUCUAGUCAAAUAAUACUCGCCCUCUUCAUUCAUCACAUUUUGCCAUCGAGCUGUCAUGUUAUAGACCAGCUCCCCACCAAGAACUCGUAUCACGUCGCUAUGUUUUCGGCGCUUGUCGGAACGAGUUGCACUAUUUUAGAAAGAAAACUUGAUCAUUGUCAAGAACGGUUAUCCAAAGGCACCAGAGACAGAAUCAGUAUUGUAUCUGAUUUCAAAGAAUGGAAAUCAAUCAUAUAUCAAGCUCUUCUAUCGACAAGAUUGUCUUUUGAACGUUUCGGUGUUUUUUCUGAAAUGACAGUAUGGAUAGACCCGAUGCUCAAAUUCAUUGACGACGAUGAGGCAAAUCGAAACGAGGACGUUGACUUUCUGAUGCACAGAGACAAUCUUUCAUGGUGGGCUUGCAUUAGGAGCAAUGAUGAAUCAGAGGAACGGGUUGCAAACAUGGAUACUUCAAUUAACGAUGUUGGACUAGCGCUCUUAGCCAUGAAGGCUUUUCAGGAACGACCAAAAGUAUACCGGCCGAAUUUUGUUUGGAAGGUUUGGUUUCCCCAUGUUGUAGCACUAUUUAGAAAAUCGGGGGAAUGUCCCGUCAUUUUGGAGCACUCAACAUCGCUUUUUCUGGAAUCUCUGGUUCAAAUGGUGCGUGAAAAUUCUCUCGUGGCAGAAAAAGUUGUUCAUAGGCAACCAGAUGCUCCUGUGGAGCUAUUUAUUCUUUUAUCGAACCGGCUAAUGUCCCGAGCGCAAACGAACCCCUCAGGGAGCGGAAAAGAAGAAACAAGAACUGCAAGCCAUAUCGACGAAGAGGGACAGUUUAAGAUGCGAUCUCAGCGCACAGUGGGCCUUAUAAAGGAAUUGCUAAACCGUUUCACUGCAGUCUCCCGAGUUCAUAUCGUGAAGAAAUUUUUACAGCAGUGCCCUACGCCCGGUCUUCAAGCAAGAUUUUUGGACUUGCUUCGACCACUCAUUUUGACCUCUGAUAUUCAAGCCAAAAAACUACUUUCGGAGCUUCUUCUGUCGAUAGUCGACAACUUAUUCAACAAGCACUGGGACCGAAAAAAACAGAAUUUAAUAGGCAUCGACCUUCUGAUUGAUCGAAGUGUGGAAAUAUCUAUUGGGGCGAUUACUAUGAUUCAGAUGUGGUGCAUGGUGCAUGAAAAUGAAUUCAUGGCCGAUCUAAUUGGGAUUGGAUAUGAUCUGCAAGGCUUUCACGCUGCAAUGAAGAAACAACUCAAGUGGUGGUUGGAAAAUCCCUCCGACGCUCCGAAAUCGCAUUUUCGUCUCUUCCUUCUCGACAAUGCUAUCGAGAGCGCAUUGGAACAAUUCGCGGUUCAAAAGAGUACUUCGGCGCAAGGCAAUGGUAUACAGUGACUGAUCCAUUUUCGGAUAGCAAAUAAUUUCUGCUAUUCAAUACUCGAGGGUUUUAUAGCGCAGGAUGAAAAUGUAUUUCAAUAAAAUAAAUAUUCCUCUAUCGAAUAGUCACCGUUUUGGAUCAUUAUAAAAGGAUUUUAGAUUGGCUUUGCUAGUACAACACCGUCGAACUUAUCUUGGAACCACUUGAUGGCAUCUUCCUUCUGGAUUUUGUGGCUGAAACCAACCUUGGAUCUGCGAAUCUUUCUCUUGGCGACACGUGCUCCUUUUCUUGUAAGGCAUACGAAGAAAUCCAUUCCGUAAAUACCAGUGGUAGGAUCAUACUUGAUACCCAAAUCAAUGUGUUCGUUGAUCCCGAAUCCGAAGUUUCCGGUCUCCGAGAAGUUUUGUUGGAGGAGUUCGUAUUCCUUGACCUUCAGUCCACGUUCCAAAAUCUCGAGGGCCUUUUCUCCACGGACGGUGACAUGGACAGCAAUCUUCUCGUUACGUCUGAUUCCGAAACUACGAAGAGUGUAUCGGGCCUUCGAGUAAACAGGCUGUUGACCU